CUGAAAAUCCUGAUACUCAGUGGAGGUUCAAUGCCACUGCGACCUUCAGCAGCACCAGGAACCUGUGGAACUGUCACAAAUUCCCUCUCAGUGCACAGCGUGUGUCCUGCAUCUGAUUGGUGUUUAAGAACACAGGGAGUGUCGAGGCUUUAACACAGACACUUCUCAUUCAGUCAGUCAUCAGUGUGACAGGAUGGAGCUCCGUCCACUCUGUGUGUUUCUCUUGAUGACUGGACUCAUCCACUGUACACAAACAGGAGAGGAAGUGCAAGGGGGGACAAACAGAGAGACUGAAGGGGUCACAGGAGACGGAGAGAUAAAGCCAGAGACAGAGAGUCCUAAACCUGUGGUGAUUAUAAAGCCUUAUACACAGGUGUUCAGAGAAGAGACUGUGACUUUCAGGUGUGAAAUACAGGAAGGAGGAGACACUGAGUGGACGUACGACUGGUAUAGGGACAAUAACACAUUCAACCCAUCCAUCACAGCACAGGAGUUCAUCAUCAGUGAUUAUGACAGUGGUAAUUACACCUGCAGAGGGAGGAGGAGAAGUGACUCUCAGAUCUCAAAGACGAGUGAUCCUGUUACACUCACUGUAUCAGAAAAACCUAAACCUGAACUCACAUCAAGCCUUAAAGGACCUGCACUGACAGGAAACUCAGUGACUCUGUCCUGUACACUGAAGCUGCCGUCUGAUGGAUGGAAGUUUUACUGGACCAAACGAAGACAGAGCACUGAGACUGAGACUGAGACUGAAACACACUCCUACAACAUCAGCCCAGUUAGUGUCUAUGAUGGAGGUCAGUACAAGUGCAGAGCUGGAAGAGGAAACCCGGUCUACUACACACACUACAGUAAUGAACUCAGGGUAGACGUUAUUGUGAGUCCUAAACCUGAGGUGAUUAUAAAGCCUCAUACACAGGUGUACAGAGAAGAGAAAGUGACUUUCAGCUGUAACAUACAGGGAGGAGGAAACACUAAGUGGACAUACAGCUUGUAUAAGAAUGAUAAAGAGAACCGUAACCACACAAUACAGGAGUUCAGCAUCAGCUCAGUUACAGACUCUGACAGUGGCAACUACACCUGCAGAGGGAGGAGAAGCAGUUACUAUCAGAUCUCAGAGAUCAGUGCUCCUGUUACACUCACUGUAUCAGAAAAACCCAAACCGACUUUGAGAGUGAAUACUCAGAGCCCCGUCUACACUGGAAACAGAGUUACUCUGACCUGUAAUCUGCUAUCUACUGGAUGGACUUUUCUCUGGUACAAAGAUUAUCAAGAAUCAAAUCCCCUGUCUCCUGGAACCACAGACAACAACACACUCAGUGUAACAGUCUCUAAUGAAGGAGAAACACAGUACUACUGUAAAGCACGCAGGGGAAACUACGAGUCAGAGAUCAGUGAUCCAGCCACAAUUACAGUGAGAGCGAGACCAAAGCCUGCAGUGAAAGUACAGCCAGCUAAGCGUGUGUUCAUUGGGGAAACCGUCACUCUCACAUGUGAGAUACAGACUGGAGAAUCCUGGCGUUACCUCUGGUAUAGAAAUAAUAAAGAACUCAGUGAUGCUGCAGGAAAGAAAACACACGCAAUCACUGAUAUUAAAGAGUCUGAUAAAGGUGAUUAUACAUGUAAUGGAACACAGUCAUCAGACCCUAAAUACACACAGACCAGUGAUGCUGUUACACUGACUGUAUCAGAAAAACCUAAACCUGAACUCACAUCAAGCCUUAAAGGAGCUGCACUGACAGGAAACUCAGUGACUCUGUACUGUACACUGAAGCCGCAGUCUGCUGGAUGGAAGUUUUUCUGGAUCAAACCCACACAGAGCACUGAGACUGAGACUGAAACACACUCCUACAACAUCAGCUCAGUUAGUGUCUAUGAUGGAGGUCAGUACUGGUGCAGAGCUGGAAGAAGAAAACAAGUCUACUACACAGACUACAGUGAUGAACUCAGGGUAGACGUUAUUGAGAGUCCUAAAGCUGUGGUGAUUAUAAAGCCUGAUACACAGGUGUUCAGAGGAGAGAGAGUGACUUUCAGGUGUUACAUAAAGGGAGGAGACACUGAGUGGACGUACGACUGGUAUAGGUAUAACAGAUUCUACACAUCCCACACAACACAGGAGAUCAUUAUCAGUGAUUAUCACAGUGGUAAAUACACCUGCAGAGGGAGGAGGAGAAGUGACUCUCAGAUCUCAAAGAUGAGUGAUCCUGUUACUCUCACUGUAUCAGGUGUGUGUGUGUGUGAAUUAAAACCCCUGUCGCCUGGAACCAGAAACACCAACACACUCAGUGUAACAGUCUCUAAUGAAGGAGAAACACAGUACUACUGUAAAGCACGCAGGGGAAACUACGAGUCAGAGAUCAGUGAUCCAGCCACAAUUACAGUGAGAGUGAGACCAAAGCCUGUAGUGAAAGUACAGCCAGCUAAGCGUGUGUUCAUUGGGGAAACCGUCACUCUCACAUGUGAGAUACAGACUGGAGAAUCCUGGCGUUACCUCUGGUAUAGAAAUAAUGAAGAACUCAGUGAUGCUGCAGGAAAGAAAACACACACAAUCACUGAUGUUAAAGACUCUGUUAAAGGUGAUUAUACAUGUAAAGGAACACAGUCAUUGGACCCAGAAUACACACAGACCAGUGAUGCUGUUACACUGACUGUAUCAGAAAAACCUAAACCUGAACUCACAUCAGAUCUUAAAGGAGCUGUACUGAGAGGAAACUCUGUGAAUCUGUCCUGUACACUGAAGCUGCAGUCUGCUGGAUGGAAGUUUUACUGGAGCAAUCACACACAGAGCACUGAGACUGAAGCUAAAACAGACUUCUACACUACUACUGUAUACAGCUCAGUUAGUGUCUCUGAUGGAGGUCAGUACAGGUGCAGAGGUGGAAGAGGAAACCCAGUCUACUACACACACUACAGUGAUGCACUCUGGGUAAAUGUUACUGUGUUCCUUCCCUCACUUUCUCACAAACCAGACUCCAUAGUUUUGAGGAUGAUGGGUAGCUUUUAUUCUCAGCGUGUGGAAUGA